GCUCUCCGGGAAGGAUCACGCACGAGAGGAGGACGCUCCGUAUGUGCUGUGUCCACGUGUGCAAGCUCGCUAGGGGAGGGGGCGCGAAAGCCGUGACAAAGACGGACUUUGUGUCCUAGUGAGUUCCUCGCUCCAGCCCGGAGCAGCGAACUGUGCCAGGCAUGUGUCUCAUGAGAAAGCCAGGACGAAAGUGACAAAGGUUGGGUGUCUGUCACGGGGAGACGCGCCAAGGUGGCCACCGUGCGUCUGUGGGUGCGUGCGAUCGCUGGGAGAUGCAGCCUAGGGGUGUACUGGGCUGCACCCCGAACCUCUUUCGGGAGAGAAAGGCGAAUCCAGAAAGUGAGUACGCGCAAGUGCGCGCGCGCCCGCGUGCGGGGGCGUGGCAGUAAACAGCAACAACCCACUAGUCAGUUUGGCCAGAAACUCCGAUCGCCUUUCCCAACCCGAAAGUGCGCGUCGGCCGAGCCUGGAGGGACCCAGCUGAAGCCUGGCCUGGGAGCCAGGAUGGCCACUCACAAAAUCUUGCUGAUGUGCCUAGGACUGCCUCUCUUCUUCCCAGGAGCCUUGGCCCAGAGUCAUGCCCCACCUGGUUGCAGCCCAGAUCUGGAUCCCCUCUACUACAACCUCUGUGACCGCUCGGGGGCCUGGGGCAUUGUCUUGGAGGCAGUGGCUGGAGCAGGCAUCAUCACGACAUUCGUGCUAACCAUCAUCCUCGUGGCUAGCCUUCCAUUUGUGCAGGACACUAAGAAGCGGAGCCUCCUGGGGACCCAGGUGUUCUUCCUGCUGGGCACCCUGGGUCUCUUCUGCCUCGUGUUUGCCUGUGUGGUGAAGCCGGACUUCUCUACCUGUGCCUCUCGACGCUUCCUCUUUGGGGUCCUGUUUGCCAUCUGCUUCUCCUGUCUGGUAGCCCACGUCCUUUCCCUCAACUUCCUAACCCGGAAGAACCACGGGCCCCGAGGCUGGGUGAUCUUCACCGUGGCGCUGCUGCUCACCCUUGUGGAGGUCAUCAUUAACACCGAGUGGCUUAUCAUCACCCUGGUACGGGGAGGUGGCCAGGUUAGCCCCCUGGGCAAUGUCAGUGCCGACGGGACCAUGGCCUCUCCGUGUGCCAUCGCCAACAUGGACUUUGUCAUGGCUCUCAUCUACGUAAUGCUGCUGCUGCUGACGGCCUUCCUAGGAGCCUGGCCCACCUUGUGUGGCCGCUUCAAGCGCUGGCAGAAACACGGGGUCUUUGUGUUGCUCACCACUGUCAUCUCCAUUGCCAUCUGGGUGGUAUGGAUUGUCAUGUACACCUACGGCAACGAGCAGCACCAUAGCCCCACCUGGGAUGACCCCACGCUGGCCAUUGCCCUUGCCGCCAAUGCCUGGACCUUUGUCCUCUUCUAUGUCAUCCCUGAGGUCUCCCAGGUGACCAAACCCAGCCCAGAACAGAGCUACCAGGGGGACAUGUACCCGACCCGAGGGGUGGGCUACGAGACCAUCCUGAAGGAGCAGACGGGCCAGAGCAUGUUUGUGGAGAACAAGGCAUUUUCUAUGGACGAACCAGCCUCAGCAAAGAGACCAGUGUCACCUUACAGUGGCUACAAUGGACAGCUGCUGACCAGCGUGUACCAGCCCACCGAGAUGGCCCUGAUGCACAAAGGCCCGGCUGAAGGUGCAUACGACGUCAUCCUCCCACGGGCCACCGCCAACAGCCAGGUGAUGGGCAGUGCCAACUCAACCCUGCGGGCCGAAGACAUGUACAUGGUCCAGAGCCACCAGGUGGCCACGCCACCAAAAGACGGCAAGAUCUCUCAGGAUCAGUCCCCGACUAAUAAAACAAGAUGGUAGAUGCCCUCUUCCCUGGACCACACCUCAUCCGGAUCCCUCAAUGCUCUGCAUCCAUCUGAGCAGGGCCAGCAGCUUUCCCACCUGUCCUUGGAACUGGGAGGGACCAGAGGCCACCAAUUUGAAACAGUGGACUGAGUGGGGACCUUGGGAUAGGCCUGAAAUAUGUGACUGGUGCUCAUAGGGGCCACCUGUCCCUUGCCCAUCCCAACCUCCUGGUAUCCAAGAAACUGCAGCUACAGGGAGUGAACUGUUGACUCCCAUCUCCUGCCUUAACACAUCCCUCAGGUCACAGUGGUCCCUCAGGAUGUCUGUGUUCCCAUGUGGUUCUCCAGGUUAUUGUCCCGCUGUGAACGUCCGGUGUGUGACGGACCUUCUUGGCCAUGUUGGUAACCCGUCGGCAUGUCUCACAAUGGACAUCAGGUGAAUCUUUGUGAGUCUCUGGAGACAAACCACACAACAGAAGUUGUCCCUUACCCUACUUAGGGCCUGCUGCACCUUCUAGUCUAGGAGGUCACUGGCUAGGUUGGGCAGGUUGUUUCUCAUGACCUGAGGGUCUCAGGUCCCAGCACCUUUGAACCUGGACGGAGUCUACUAUACCUUCAGUGGGUCAUGUCCCCUCAUCAGGGCAGGACCAGUCUGCCUGUUCUGUCCUCCCCACUGCCCAUCACCAUUGAAGAUGGCAGUUACACUGGUCCCACCUGAGGCAGCUUUUGUUGUCCAGCCCUACCACACAGAGAACCCACAUCAGAGUUGAAGAGCCAGUGGGCCACAGUGGCACUAGGGCUUUGUAUCAUUUCUGUAUCUCAGUUAAUCCCCUGGUUGAAUCUCCCCCAGUCUGCUUUUGCCUUCUGUGCCAGCUUCCUGGGGUAGCUCCUGGGACAGGUGCAGAUGUGGAUAUUGUUGAAUUACCUGGAUCUCACAGGUUCUGUAAGCAACUGCUUGGGCUACCAGGACAUACAUGGGGUCUGGGAGUUCCCUUAGGACAUGUGGGUGGGAUUCAGGGCUGCAUUCUCAGGGUGAGUUGAACCUUUCCUGUGUCCGCCUGGUGGGAUGUGCGGUCCAGGACUGUAGAUCGCUUACGGAAAGACGUCUUGAGUUUCUACCUCAGUUUGGGCAGCAGCCAUCCUUGGGACACCUGGACAGGAUCUGCUGCUUUCAACAUUAGAGGAGUGUCCUUGGCCUUAGGACAUGCACCGGAGGCACCUGAUAGCCACCCAGGUCAGAGAGGGCCAUUUUCAGGCCUGCAAGCUGCUGACACCAGUGGCUGAGAUGGUGUCAUGGUACCAGACCCUGGACUAGAGAUCUCCAGAGCAUCAUUCUUUGUUCUACUCUUGGGUACCAGACAGAGCCUCUUCUCCACCCUUUCCCCCAAGUGUGCUAACUUGGCCCUCAGCCCAGUCCUGCUUGGUGCCAAGGUAGAGGUAAAGAUGAGUGGAUUCCCUAGAAGGCAGGCCCUCCAUGCCUAGUUCUCAUGCCACCUCCAGCAACCAGUGCCUUUUAUCAUUGGGUGAAAGGUUCCCACAGAGUAGGAUGAUACCUCCAAAUGUUACUCCUCUUGCUCUCUGCUGACUGAGGAUGCUUGGUCCUUCCACAAGGCAACCGGUCUCCAUGCACCUCACGCUGUUCUUGAUCUAGAGCCCCAAGAUCUGCCGCAGUAAGUGAGGGACUAGUUUGCUGUCUUAAGUGAGUCCUUUAGGAUGCAGAAAGCCCCACAUCCCUUGGUGUGUAGCUUGUGGGUGUGGCUGUGUUUAUAGCCCAAGGCCUGCCUGCAGCUGAAGCUGAGAAGUGAUGGGAGGCUCCUGGAGGAUGUAGGCUAUUUGGGAGUGUCAUGGUUACCCUUCAUGGUAACCCUGUGUCUUUUAGUUCCAGUUCCAGUGGAGAAGUACAUUUUUCACUUGGGAGGCAGAGGCAGGCAGAUUUCUGAGUUCGAGGCCAGCCUGGUCUACAAAGUGAUUUCUAGGACAGCCAGGGCUAUACAGAGAAACCCUGUCUCAAAAAAAAACCAACAAAAACAAAACAAACAACAACAACAAAAAACCAAACCAAACCAAAAAAAAAAGUACUUUUUUUAAGGAGGGUUGGGGGCCUCCCAAUGGACAGCUCUGUAUCAUACACAAGCCUUGAGUGGGAGACAUCAAGUAGGUCCAGGCUUGAUCCAAGCUCAUCAUUUGCAGGCCACUAUCCCUUAAUAGAUGUAACACGGACCCUAUUAAGUCCUAUAGUGGAUGUAAAGGGAGGUUCAACCUUGUAACUGCUCAGAAUUAAAUGACUGCCCUUUCUUUGUGAGGGGUUACUGCCUCUG